CAAAGAUUCAGGAGGCUGUGCUCUUGAGUCCUGAUCGGAAUGUGUACAGUUUUUCGUCUCAGCUCCUUGCCCUGUUAACCAGGGUGGAAUUCCGGGACACGUCUGAGAUCGGAAAAAUGGCUGUCGCCGUCGCGGGCCGACAGCUGGUCUCCUCUGUCACCUCUUUGUUCGUCCAAGUGCCCACCCGACCAGCCAUAGAGUUGCUUAUCCCCAACGCCAUCAGUUGGCCGGCGGCUGACGCGGUGACAGAAAGUCUGG